AUGACCGGUUUGGACUCUGGAUUUCAGCCAGAUUUUCGAUCCGAAGGUGAUCGAGCGGUACAGCUUAGUGUACUAAGCUCUGUCACCCUUAUUAACUAUCGUGGUUGUAUGCACGUUUGUGGGAUUUACUUCUUCAGUCAGGAUUCAUCAUUCAUGAAGCAACAGAAGCCUCAGCUUAUUUGUCCGGAAAUGUCGAUUGUUCGAACCUCCCUACUGAGAUAUUUGUUUUACCCCUAUAGUGAGUACGUUAUACACAGAGACGUCGGGGAAAUUAUUUUAAAUGUGGAAGGGGCUGUUGUCUUUGAUCUUUUACAAUUUCUCGUGGGGUUAGGCUUUGGAGUGUCUCCCGAGUCCCAGUUGUUCCAUGACAAGCGUUACCGCAUCCGGGAACUCUUGUUGCAC